GCUUGCUAAAGAGUGGAAGGCCUUUAUAUAUAUAUAUCAAGAAUAGACUUAUCACAAGUAAAGAUGGGAGAGAGUGGUGUCCCAACAAUAGAUCUGCAAGAGUUUCCAGGACAGUAUGAGAAACUGAGAAGAGCAUGUGAAGAGUGGGGCUGUUUCAGGCUCGUGAAUCACAAUAUCUCUUUGGCCCUCAUGGCAGAUAUGAAGAGGGUUGUGAGAUCAUUGUUAGACCUGCCCUUCGAUGUGAAAAAGCGCAACUUAGAUGUCAUAUCUGGGAGUGGCUACAUGGCACCAAGCCAAGUCAACCCUCUUUACGAGGCUUUGGGACUUUAUGAUAUGGGGUCUUCACAGGCUGUGGAAACUUUCUGCUCCCAAUUGGAUGCCUCUUCUUACCAAAGAGAAGUUAUAGAGAUGUAUGCCAAGGCAAUUCAUGGGGUGGCCAAGGAUGUAGCUCGAAAGUUGGCUGAAAGUUUAGGGUUAAGUGGUGAUUUUUUUGAGUCAUGGGUUUGCCAGUUCAGGAUCAACAAGUACAACUUCACCCCUGAAACUAUAGGCUCCUCUGGAGUCCAAAUACAUACAGAUUCUGGGUUCCUGACUAUCCUUCAAGAUGAUAAAAAUGUUGGAGGGCUUGAAGUGAUGAACCCGUCUGGUGUGUAUGUAGCUGUUGAUCCGGUGCCAGGCACCCUCCUGAUCAAUCUUGGAGACAUUGCUAAGGCAUGGAGCAAUGGGAGGUUUCGUAACGUGCAGCAUCGAGUGCAAUGCAAGGAAGCUACAAUUCGGAUUUCAAUUGCUUCAUUCCUGCUGGCUUCCGAUGAGGAAGUGGAAGCUCCGCCGGAACUUGUGGACUCUGAACACCCUCGUCUCUAUGUCCCUUUCACUUAUGAAGAUUACAGAAAGCUGAGACUUACCACAAAAUUGCAGGCUGGUGAAGCCCUUGAACUUAAACGUAUCAAGUCCUAAAAAAUAAAGGAGCAAGCAAUUUGCAGCCUGAAGAACUGCUGCACUUGCCAGUAACACAAAAUAAAUUGGAAUGACUAUCAUUUUAGCUUUACCUUUCUAGUUUGGUAAAGAAGGGAUCUCUUAGAUUUUGACAUUACCUGAACUGAAUGUCAUGAUUUCAAGCAAACUAAGUAAUACAAGUAUGCUUGAUUCUCCAUAGAUUUGCAAUGUUCCUGUGUUUGAACAGAAAAGAGAGAGGAUUUUAUCUCAAGAAUUUUAUAAACAAGAAAGUAUUGUUCGACA